AUGGCAUUUGCUGAGCCCAACGAGUUACAUCAUGUGAAGACCGAAAACAACCAACUACGUCACCAGAACUAUCAGCUUCACCAGGACCUAAAUUCCACGAAAAAUGAGCUUCGCGAGUCCUAUCGGAAAGCAAACCAACUUCAAAGUGCAAACGCCGGCCUUUAUCAGAACCUGACGUCGAAAGAGUCUGCCUUAAAUGCCGAGGUGCAGAAACGGUUGGGAGCAGAAAAUGCCUUCCGCGAGGCCCAUGAUCGUUUGCGACGACUAGAUGACAUUGUUGACCUACGAGUCUUUGGAGACGCACCCGCCGGCGAAGCAGGAGACAGAAAAAUGGCAUUGCGCGACGUGGAUAAAAAGCUUUGUGCCAUAGAGCAGGUUAUUCUGGAGAUGGCACGGGAGGUAAAGACUAUUGGUGUACGUCUUGAGAAUGUAACACAAAAGUCAAACGGCGUGCGUGAUGAGUACUGA